AUGGGCAUCGAUACAACGCCAGUUUCAUUCAUGGAUGCCGACUCGACCAUCACUCAAUCUGGCACCACUCGCAGUGCCUCAACCAACCGCCUAUAUUCGGUGAGUCUAAGCCAGCAAGCGCCGCUCAGCUCGAACUCUAAGAUCUCCGAGCCCACAUCCAGCGGGCCUCCCAGCUCCUACACUAUCAAGACUCAUGGGCUCAAUCACUGCCAGCACGGCGCCGAGUGUCCGACCAUAUCAGACUACAAGCGGCUCCAAGCAGACAUCAACCAGGUCUUCCACAGCAAGUCCGACCAACAUCUCGUGACAAGCAAUGCCAAAGCUGCCUAG